GUGCAACUUUUAUAUUUUUUAGGUGACUCCUAGAAAACCACACAACCCACUUGCAUCUGAUGACAUCAGGCAGCCAGCCAACCAGCCAUGUCUUACACUCCAGGGAUUGGUGGGGACCCUGCUCAGCUGGCACAGCGCAUCUCUUCUAACAUCCAAAAGAUCACACAAUGCUCUGUGGAAAUCCAAAGGACUCUGAAUCAACUUGGAACACCUCAGGAUUCACCAGAACUGAGGCAACAGCUGCAGCAGAAGCAGCAAUAUACUAACCAACUUGCGAAAGAAACAGAUAAGUACAUUAAAGAGUUUGGAUCACUGCCCACCACCCCCAGUGAACAGCGUCAAAGAAAGAUACAGAAGGACCGAUUAGUGGCAGAAUUCACAACAUCACUGACAAACUUUCAGAAGACCCAGAGGCAAGCUGCUGAGAGAGAGAAAGAGUUUGUUGCUCGAGUGAGAGCCAGCUCCAGGGUAUCGGGUGGUUUUCCUGAAGACAGCUUGAAAGAAAAGAAUCUUGUGUCCUGGGAAAGCCAAACACAGCCUCAAGUGCAGGUCCAAGAUGAAGAAAUUACAGAAGAUGACCUACGCCUUAUUCAUGAGAGAGAGUCUUCAAUCAGGCAGCUGGAAGCUGAUAUUUUGGACAUUAAUGAAAUCUUUAAAGACUUGGGAAUGAUGAUUCAUGAGCAAGGAGAUGUGAUUGACAGCAUAGAAGCCAAUGUAGAAAGUGCAGAGGUACACGUUCAACAGGCGAACCAGCAGCUGUCAAGAGCAGCAGAUUAUCAGCGCAAAUCCAGAAAAACCCUCUGCAUCAUCGUUCUUGUCCUCGUCGUUGGACUUGUGAUUAUCUGUCUCAUCGUAUGGGGACUGAAAGGCUGAGUGGUGAGAGUGGACCGCUGCACGACGUCGUCUGGGUUCUGUAGGCAGAUUCUCGAGGUCACUUUCUAUUGUUAUUUUAAAGGCAGUGGUGUAAAGGAUGGUCCCAUACUUUGUCAUUUUUAUUGGGGGAAGGAGGUUCUUUUGAAUUCGAUCUGAUAUUUUCUAAUACUGAAGGUUUUUCUAAAUACCAUUGCUGGUAUAAUGUCCAUGCUGUUUAGUUCAAUGACUGUGGGGUUUUGCUCACAUUGUAUAUGACUUUCAUUUAUAAUUUAUUUAUAUUGUUUGACUGAGUUUGGGGAAUUAUUUGAAUGAUGUGUGUAUACCGCUUACACCUCUCUCACUGUGUAACAUGAACCCAGACUAUGCUAUCUUAUUUUUAAAACUUCAAGUUUAAAUUUGAUUUGUCCAGUGAGUAUUCUCAAAAAAAAAACAAAA